CGCCCUCGCUCGGCUCCACCAAUCAGCGCGCGGGAAGUGCGGUCUGGGCGCGCGUUCCCCGUCCCCAUGGAGAUGCGUGGCUCAGCCAUGCAGCGCGGAGCGCGGCGGGGGCCUGAGACCCCCCACGGGGUCGCUCUGACCGGACACGUCGUUCCCGUGUACCCUGAGGAUGGAGCCCGGCACAGGGUCAGGCUGCAGGGGGAGGCGCUGCUGCCCGUGGUGGCGCCGUGCCGCAGGGACACGCCGGUGUUUGUGGCCGAGCAGCCCCGGGAGCUGAUGACGGUCCCGACCGAGCACCCGGGAGAGGUGUUGGAUGCAGAGGAGGAGCACCACGAGGUGCCACCGGCUCUGACUGAGGAGCCUCCCAAGGUGCCCACAGCCAAGGACCUCCCUGAGGUGCCAGCAGAGCAGCUGGAGUGCAAUGUGCCACAGGGCACCUGCCUGACCCACAGCUGGCAGGAGGAGGGAGCUACCGACCACCUGGACAACGCGGUACAACCAGAGCUGGGCAGUGAGGGCUUUGCCUACCAGCACGGCCACCACAAGCUGCCGCCCCCCCUGCACCCAUCAGCCUCAUUGCCAAGCAGCACCACCAGUGAUGCCAUCUGCAUGCCCUACCGAAUCCCACCGCUGGCACAAGGGCAGCAGGAGGCCAUGCUGUACCAGAAGUACCGGCCAGAGCUGAUGGAGGAGAUCCACCCACUGCCCAGUCACAUGGAGGCCCACACCAUGCACCGGGAUUACACAGGGGGCUUCCAGCCCACACCCCCACCUGCCUCCAAGCCCCAUAACUACCACAUGGAGCAGCCCUACAGCUUCUGGAUGGAGCACAUCCACAAUGUGCCUGGCGUCACCUGCAUCCGCACUGGAGACAGUCCCUUCCGCAGGAACGCCGCCUUCUCCACCCCCAUCACCGAGUACCUGGAGCAGCCCCUGCCCCAUCAGCCAGUGAACCGCCGGCUGCGGCCCAGCAUGAAAUAAAGAGCAGGGGCCAGUCCUGCUGCUGGCACCCUGGUGUUCCCCAGGA